ACUGAAAACCAGAGGAUUUCUCUGAGCUUCCCACUUCUUUCUGGUAACAAGAAUGCUGCGGUACGUUGUGGCCCUCUGCCUUCUGGCAAUGUCCUGGGCACAGGACUGCCAGGUAGCCAACAUCCAGGUCAUGCAGAACUUUGACAGAACCAGGUAUGCAGGGACAUGGUAUGCUGUGGGAAAGAAGGAUCCAGAAGGUUUGUUCCUUCUGGACAACAUCGUGGCCAAUCUCAACAUUGGAGAAGAUGGCAAAAUGACUGCAACUGCUGAGGGCAGAGUCAUCAUCCUCAACAACUGGGAAAUGUGUGCCCACAUGUUGGCCACCUUUGAGGACACCCUGGACCCUGCCAAGUUCAAGAUGAAGUACUGGGGAGCUGCAGCCUACCUGCAGACUGGAAAUGAUGACCACUGGGUUAUCGACACCGACUAUGACAACUAUGCAGUCCACUACUCCUGCAGACUUGUAGACUCCGACGGCACUUGCUUAGACAGCUACUCCUUCAUCUUCUCCCGUCACCCGACUGGCCUGAGGCCAGAGGACCAGGCUAUCGUCACCCAGAGGAAGACAGAGCUCUGUUUACUGGGCAAAUACAGACGCGUUCCACACUCUGGCUUCUGUCUGAACAGCGGAUCUGUUGACCAACCACAGUAACCUUCUGGGACUUCAUACCCAUCUUCUGGUCUUGGACUGAACCCCACCUCUUAGUCGCCUCUACUGUCUCUAGCCAUAGAGAGAAAAGCAGACCAAUCUUCCUUAAAAAUAAACUAAAAAAGAUACAACUAGAAGCUGUCAAAUUUAAUUGACUAUACUGUAAAAAGAAAGAAAGGAAAGAUGUCUGUUGUUACUAGUUAACUGUUAGUUUCUCUAAAUUUCCCCAUUAAAAGAGGAGUUAACAUUAGUCUAUCCUCGAAAUCUGUUGCAUGUUUCUCUUUUUUUUGUAUAGGAACCGCAGAAUUGUUUAAGACAGUCUUGCUUAUGGAAACCAGUGAAACUUUUCCAGACAAUGUGAGAAACAAUCGGUUGUGAAAAUUUCUUUUAAAGUGAACCUGAACUGUCAGCAGUACCGCAGCUAUGGAUUGUGACUACCAUGUUUACUACAAAAACAGGUUCAUAAAUCACUGGCUUUGCUUUUACACUGAAGGACGCACAGUAGUAGCACAAAAGUACAUAUUGUUAAUAAACCUUAAUAGAUGCACAUGUGCUUUUUAAUGUGCUAUAAAUAUACACAUAGAGUAGCAGUUUGGUUGUUUCUUAAUUAUAUGAUGUGUACUUCUUGCUCCAGUUUUUGAAAUAAAACAUUCAUACCGUG